AUGUCGCAUUAUACUCAACUCGACCCCUCACAUGGUGACCAAUCUGGUCCCGUGGCAACUGUGUUAUGUUGCAACUGUGGUGUGCCAAUGGAUGGUUCACAAGGUUUAGUUAUGUGUUACGAUUGUAUCAAGUUGAAUGUUGACAUCACAGAAGGUAUUCCAAGAGAAGCCAAUGUUUCAUUUUGUAGAAAUUGUGAGAGAUUUUUACAGCCGCCAGGACAGUGGAUUAGAGCUCAAUUAGAAUCGCGUGAGUUGUUGGCAUUGUGUCUUAGAAGGCUAAAAGGGCUCAACAAAGUGAGGCUCAUAGACGCUUCUUUUAUCUGGACAGAGCCACACUCGAGACGUAUUAGGGUGAAGAUAACAGUGCAAGGAGAAGCAAUGGCAAAUACUAUUGUUCAACAAACUUUUGAAGUCGAAUACGUUGUUAUUGCCAUGCAAUGUCCUGAUUGUGCCAAGAGUUAUACAACAAACACAUGGAGGGCAACUGUACAAAUUAGACAAAAGGUGCCACACAAGAGAACUUUCUUGUACUUGGAACAAUUAAUUUUGAAGCACAAUGCACACAUGGACACUGUUUCUAUUCAAGAGACUAAAGAUGGAUUGGAUUUCUUUUACGCGCAAAAGAACCACGCAGCAAAGAUGGUUGACUUUUUGACAUCAGUUGCCCCAGUGAAGGUGAAGAAAUCCGAAGAGCUUGUGAGUACAGAUAUACACUCUGGAUCAUCCAGCUAUAAGUUCUCGUACUCUGUGGAGAUUGCACCAAUUUGUCGUGAUGACUUGGUUGUAUUGCCAAAGAAGCUCGCACACUCCAUGGGAAACAUCUCUAGGUUGGUAUUGUGUAAUAAGGUGAAUAAUGCUAUGCAAUUUGUUGAUACGAAUACUUUGCAAACUGCAGAUUUAUCAUCGCAAGUUUAUUGGAGAGCGCCAUUUCCAUCCUUGUUAGAUGCUACGCAGCUCGUCGAGUUUGUUGUUCUCGACGUGGAGCCAACCGGGGAUGUUAAAGGUAAAUAUGUGUUGGCUGAUAUCGAGGUGAGCCGAGCCAGUGACUUGGGAAACAACGAUCAGACAUUUUACGUGAGGUCGCAUUUGGGAGCUAUUUUGCAUCCUGGAGAUUCAUGUUUAGGUUACUAUUUGACCAAUACUAAUUUCAACUCUGACUUGUGGGACACUUUAGAUACAGACAAUACUGCUGAAGUCAUCUUAGUCAAGAAACAUUAUGCUAGGAAAUCAAAGAAAUCAAAGAACAGAAAAUGGAAGUUGAAGAGAAUGGCCAAGGAACACAAUGAUAUUGUUGCUAAUGAUGAUUCAAGACAAGCCAGACAAGAGCAAGAGAGGGCCGAAAGGGAUUACGAGUUGUUCUUGCAAGAAUUGGAAGAAGACGAAGAAUUGAGACAGACGAUUAAUAUGUAUAAAGCAGGUGAUGAUGCACCAGUACAUGCGCCGGCAGGUGACGAUAUCGAUGAGGACGAUGAAGACGACGAAGAUGCUCCUACAAUCGGCAUCGAUGAGUUGCUUGAUGAAUUGGACGAGAUGACGUUGAAAGACACUGCAAUGGAGUAA